CAUCAGCAUUUUUCAAUGGCACCAUGUCAACGGCCCCUCUCCUCCUACGCCUAAACGGUCGUCCGCAAGCCUGCGAUCCAUGUCGAGCGCGGAAAGUAGCCUGCGACCACGGCCAGCCAACCUGUUCACGCUGCAGAAAGCGGAACGAGACAUGCGUCUACACCGUUUCGGGCGCCACGGUCAAGAAGCAACGGCUUCGGUCCCCCGUCCGCACCGAACCUCAACCUCCACCUCCACCGAGCAAUGACUCGACGCCUUCACCCGCCGUGGCUCCUGGUUAUCUCGGCUUCACCAGUCACAAUGCUGUCUUUGAAGAAACGCGCAAUAGCCUCUCGCUCGUCCACGGGCCACCCGUUGAAGUCGUUGAGCCGAGGGCGCCGAGGGGUAGAAGUGUGAUUGACCUCCCGUCUCACUUGAGGGAGAUGAGUCUUUACGUUCUUCGGUGUUUACCUCAGUCUCAACAUGAUGUUAUGGCGCAUAGACUUCACUGUCUCACAGACGGAUGGAUCUUUAGAGCUAUUCAGGAGAUUAUCGACACGCUUCACAAAGAUUGGGGACGGUAUCUCUCAUCGCGAGAUGAUGCGGACUUGGAUGUCGUGGCGCGGCAUGUAAGCCAUAACACAGCACGGCCUCUGCGCGAUGAACAUUCGAGUGCAAAGGCUUGGACUGAUCAAUUCACGGGGAGUAAUAUCCGAUGGGAGUCGGUGGGAUUGAUCUGGACGUAUUGGGAUGGCUCGCCGAGUUUUGAUGCGCCGGUUGUGGUGAAGUGUUUGGGGUAUUGCAUUGAGCUGGCGAGACAUUUCACACCUGGGAAUGACAUUAUGCUGUAUCUUUGCUACCGACGAGUCACCACUGAGUCUCUCGUCUCAGGCGAUGCAGGUUUGACAUGCUGGCGCUACUUUGCAGAGACCGUUGCACUCCUCACAUUCCUUGGUCGACACGUCGGUUCAGAAGACACAAACUACAUCCCCUCUCUCUGCUCUGAGCACAGACGUCGCAUCACCGCCCGAGUCUUCAACAUCGACAAAGUUCUCGUCUCCUUCACGGGCCGUCCACCGCUGCUCAGCCGCCGCUUCUUCUCAUCCCCUCUGCCACUCGACCUGACAGACUUGGAUCUUGAGUCUGAUCAAGCUACUAUCCGUCAUGCGGUGCAAGAGCUCGAUUCCAAUGGGUUUCGACACGUCGGUGAUCUGAAAGGAUCGUCUAUGGUUAGGGCGCGGUCGCAGAUUGCCUACAUUAAGGAUGAGCUUCUUGAGAUUGCACUUGCGAAUAGCGUCAAGGUCACUUUUGAGAGUCUAACUGAGAUCAAGGCUCGCGCUGAGAGGACGUAUGAGAGCUUCCCAGCCAAUCUCAUCCAUCGACCUGACGAACUCGACGACCCAGACUGCGAUGUUCAAAAAGUAUAUUCACGAAUUCUUAUCCGACUAGAACACAUGCAGAAUCUCUUCUUUGUAGAGAGAUUAUUACUUCGUCUCGGUCACAUUGAUGAGAACCGGUUACUCCCGAUCAGUUUCGAGAUGGUCACCUUGACACUUCUCUUCUGGACACACCAAGACCGCUUCUCGGGCAUGAGACGAGACUUUGAAUGGCUUCUCAUGGCCUUCGCCGCCCCCGGAGGCGGUAUCCUCUGUCUCGAACUCCUCCGCCCAACAUUCCGCGGCACCCAUCCCGACUGCCCCAAACUCAGCCGAUCCGCCAUAAUCCAAAAACUCAGUCUACUAAUCGGCUUCCUCGACUGGGUCCGACCUCCCGCCCCCAACGCUGAUCUCUGCGCAGACUGCAAAGCUGUUAUACAGGGUGUCCUGGACCAUAACCUCAACGCGCCGAUUGCAGGCGGAGGAGCGCUGGAUACGCUGGAUUGGGAUAUUCCGACGCAGUUGGAUUUUAAUUUUGAUCUUUUGGAUACGUUUGAUUGGUUAAGGCCUGAGCAAUUAAGUCUCCCUGCGUGAGGUGAGGAAGUUCUGGAUUGUAGUGUUGGUUUCGGCGGGAGCUUGAAUAUGGAUCCAGUGGCUCGUGUUUAACUUGACGGUUUGGAGUUGAGGGGCCCAGGAUGAAAGCAUUUGCUGCUGUUGAGCGGCGGAUUGUUCGGGUUCUGAUGGGACGAUGAAGAGAACGAGUUGUGAGAUGUGAAAGUCUUCAAAGCCUUGUUCGUCUGGGGCGAAGAGAUUAUCUUUCCACAUACGAUACCACCGACACACGCCUUUAUACCCAUCAUUUGUACCAAAUGCCUUGAGAUGUGCUUUCUGCAGAUCAUCAGUGUACCAUGAUGCGAUGGGAAGUCUGCGGUCUUGACGCACAAACUCCUCCAUCUUGCCAAGAGGAUGGAACCACGUCUCCCACUCUUCGCGAUCGCGACAAAACACCAGACUCAUCGCCGUUUCAGCGUUCUUCUCAAGGAUUUCCUGCGUGGUGAAAUCGGCUAGCCAUGGGAUGUAUCCGAGCAUCUCAUACCCCAGGAAUUGCUUGGUCAUGGUGUUGAUCAUGUCAACGUCGAAUGGCGUCCCCAGCUUGGGCGGUCCGACGGCUAGAAAUACGAGAGCUUCCCAGCGUGAGGGGUGGUAAGCUGCCAUUCUGGAUAAAAGUGUCGCGCCGAAAUCAUGGCCGAUUCCCACGAUGGUCUUGAGGUUCAGAUGGUCGAGAAGUUCGAUGACCUCAUCGCCCAUCGACUUGAGGCGGUAGGCGUGUACAUCUGUUGGCUUGCUACUUUCGCCGUAACCGAGGAGAUCCAGAGCGAUGACGCCAUAUCCCUCGGAAGAGAAAUGUUGAAUUUGAUGGACCCAAUCUGUGAGGGUUGAUGGGAAGCCAUGAAGAAAGAGAAGGGUUGUUGAUUGGGAGGUAGGAGGGAUGAAGAUGUAAGAGUAUACAUUGCCGCUACGGGCUGUAAAUGUCUGUCGCGCGGGUAAUUUGAGUGCCAUAUUGGAAAACUAUCGAUUGUCAAUUGAUAUAGAGUAAAAUUGAAGCAAUUGAACGGAGUGACGAUGUCUCGGAGCUUUAUACCCUCACGGAAAGUUCUCGGACACUUCCUCCCAACCCCACGUCAUCCCUCACGAAUCCUCGAUGUACCUUUCAUAAACACUCCCAUAAAACCUCCUCCCAAUCUCCC